AUGGGUGGCCUGUUUUCGUGUGUACAGAGUGGAAAACCGAUGACACCGCAGGAUUUGGGUGUUGUUGGUACCGAUGCUGUUGAGCCUCGUAGUCUACUCCUUCGGAAAAUCAGUUCGCCCACCUCGUCAUCAGGAAACGUGUCACCCAUCGGGUUCUCUGUUGCGUCCAGUCCCCGGUUGUUGGCAAUUUCGACCUCGGCCUCGGCCACGACUACAAGCGUCUGCAGUGUUGGCCCGCAUCUUCUCCUUCUGCCCGCCGUGCCCGCUUCGUUGCCAUCGGGUGGCAGGGUCGGCAAUCGCGCCUUGCCAACCAGCUUUUUGAUGGCCACCGAGUCGGCUCUUCCGCUUUCCGACGCCGCCAAGCCAUCCGGCUCCACCAGUCCCCGUGUCCUAUCUUCGUCAGCUGCUCCCGUGGCUCUCGUCAACUAUUCUGGUCCCCGUGUUGACGCCGCCUUGCUCGGCCAGCCUCCGGUUCCACUUCUCUCCGCAACCGAGCUGGCUCCCUCAACGCUAUCCGGCUCGUCUGCCCGGCCGGCCGCUCCGACUGUCGUCCUGUCGCCGCUCUUCAGGCACCCCAGCGACUGCCUUCCGGGGACGUCUGCCUCUGUACCUACUCUUCCGGGGCUCGAGGGGAGCAGUCGGGCUCCACUUGCUCAAGAGCCCUCCGACCACGUCGGCCACACUCGCCACACCCACCAUGCCACGGUCAGUUGUGCCAGGGAUACUUGGACCAACGGAGCCCAACGCAUAUCUGGACCAGGGGUUGCUUCUUCUACACAAUGGCUUCUGACGACCUGUGACGUGGUUUCGGCGUCGCUGGUUGGCCCAAGUGAUGAGCAGCACAGGAAGCCUCCUCAUGCCAAUGAGGGCUUGCCCGACGUCGAGAACGACGGAAAAGGAAACCCUUCAAAACAGGUUGUCACCCAUUAG